UGGAUAUUUCGAUAUUCGCUUGUCAUUAUUUUAACAGAAACAGUGAAGUAUUUUAUGCCUUUGUAUCAGUUAGCAAAAUUAAUUUAAAAUCAUUCAUUUUUAAUUAUUAAAAGUCUAUAACAAAAUGAAUAUAACGUCGGCAGCAGGCGUAAUAUCGUUGCUGGACGAACCGGCGCCCGAAUUAAAAAUCUUCGCACUUCGGAAACUAGAUGCUAUUGUCGACGAAUUUUGGCCCGAAAUAUCAGAGGCAAUCCAAAAAAUUGAAUUCCUCCACGAAGACAAGACGUUUGCACAACAAAGUUUGGCUGCUCUAGUUGCUAGCAAGGUAUAUUAUCAUCUCGGUUCAUUUGCGGAUUCUUUACAAUACGCGUUGGGUGCCAGCGAUUUGUUUGACGUAAACGCGCGCAACGAAUACGUGGAAACCAUCAUAGCAAAAUGUAUCGACCACUACACAAAACUGAGCGUGGAGGCUGCAGAAAACCCAAGCUCCCCGCCUGUUAUGGAUGUGCGUUUGGAAGCAAUUGUCAAUCGUAUGUUUCAAAGAUGUCUGGAUGACAAGCAAUACAAACAAGCUUUAGGUUUGGCUUUAGAAACUAGACGCAUGGAUAUAUUUGCUAAAUCCAUUGAAUCAUCGGAUAAUAUAAAUGAAAUGUUAUCUUAUGCUUUCCAAGUAGCUAUGAGUACUAUUGAAAAUCGUAGUUUCCGCAGUACUGUAUUACGUUGUCUUAUUGGUUUGUACCGAAAUCUUGAAGUGCCAGACUAUGUGAAUAUGAGCCAAUGUUUCAUCUUUUUGGAUGAUCCCAAAUCUGUUGCUCAACUUCUCGAAGGUCUGAUACAAAAUAAUGAUGAGAAAAACUGCUUAAUGGCAUAUCAAAUAGCAUUUGAUUUAUAUGAAUCAGCUACUCAACAGUUUCUGUCAAGUGUUCUUGAGUCCUUACGCCAAACAGCUCCCAUACCUUCUGCAACACAUGUCAUUAAAGCAAUUCCUGCAGCCCAGAGUAGCACAGAUAAAUCAAAUGUUUCCAGUACACCUGUAGCUGUUGCUAAAAUCGAUGAAAGCACAGGUGAAACUGUUAUUGAAAAAAUUAAAGAACGUACUUUUGAUUCUCUUGGACCUGAUGAUAAGUAUCGACAAGAAGUAAUCCAAAAGUUGACUAAAGUAUUAAGUGGUGAAGUGAGCAUUGAGCUACAUCUACAAUUCUUAAUUAGGAGUAAUCAUACAGAUAUGUUGAUUUUAAAAAAUACAAAAGAAGCUAUUCGUGCAAGUGUUUGUCAUACAGCUACAGUAAUUGCUAAUGGUUUCAUGCAUAGUGGUACUACUAGCGAUCAGUUCUUAAGAGAUAAUUUGGAGUGGUUGGCCAGGGCUACAAAUUGGGCCAAAUUAUCAGCUACUGCUUCUCUUGGAGUUAUUCAUAGAGGUCAUGAAACAGACGCACUUGAACUUAUGCGCAGUUAUUUACCUCCUAGAGAAAAUAAUUCAUCCGGAAGUUCUGGAUAUAGUGAAGGCGGUGGUCUCUAUGCCUUAGGUUUGAUUCAUGCUAACCACGGUGCUGCUAUCAAUGACUAUCUUCUUGGACAACUUAAGGAUGCACAUAAUGAAAUUGUGAAACAUGGAGGAUGCUUAGGAAUUGGUCUUUCAGCAAUGGGUACAAGUCGUGAAGAUAUUUAUGAACAGUUGAAAUUCAAUAUGUAUCAAGAUGAUGCUGUGACUGGAGAAGCAGCUGGAUUAGCUAUGGGUUUGGUUAUGUUGGGAUCUAAAAAUGGUGAAGCUCUUCAAGACAUGGUGGCAUAUGCUCAAGUAACACAGCAUGAAAAAAUUUUGAGAGGUUUAGCUGUUGGAAUAUCAUUUGUCAUGUAUGGUCGACUAGAAGAAGCUGAUCCUUUAAUUACAUCGUUAUUACAAGAUAAAGAUCCAAUAUUACGUCGGUCUGCCAUGUAUACAAUAUCAAUGGCAUACUGUGGAACUGGAAGUAAUAUGGCUAUUCGGAAAUUAUUGCAUGUUGCAGUAUCUGAUGUUAACGAUGAUGUACGUCGCGCAGCUGUCACAGGUUUAGGAUUUUUAUUAUUCAGAACACCAGAACAAUGUCCUCAAGUUGUUAGUUUACUUGCCGAAAGUUAUAACCCUCAUGUUAGGUAUGGUGCAGCCAUGGCUUUAGGUAUUGCUUGUGCAGGAACCGGACUUAAAGAAGCUAUUAAUUUAUUAGAACCAAUGACUAAUGACCCUGUGAAUUAUGUACGCCAAGGAGCUUUAAUCGCAUCUGCUAUGAUUCUUAUUCAACAAACAGAAAGCACUUGUCCCAAAGUGAAAGAAUUCCGUACACUGUAUGCCAAAGUGAUUACUGAUAAACAUGAAGAUGUUAUGGCUAAGUUCGGGGCUAUUUUAGCUCAAGGUAUCAUUGAUGGAGGUGGUCGUAAUGUUUCUAUUUCAUUAGAAUCUAGAACUGGCCAUACUAAUAUGUUGGCAGUUGUUGGCCUGUUAUUAUUCACUCAGUAUUGGUAUUGGUUUCCACUAGCCCAUUGCUUAGCACUAGCUUUUACCCCUACAUGUAUUAUUGCAUUAAACGCACACCUUAAAAUGCCUCUCCUUGAGCUGAAAAGUAAUGCUAAACCUUCACUGUAUGCAUAUCCUGCAGCAAUGGAAGAAAAGAAACGAGAAGAAAGAGAAAAGGUCACUACUGCUGUAUUAAGUAUUGCAGCAAGAGCUAAACGUCGUGAAGGUGGAAGCGGAAGUGGAAGUGUAAAAGCUGUUGAACCAUCCACUAGUGAAAAAAUGGAAAUUGAUGAAAAAGAAGCAUCAACCAGUAAGAAGAAGGAUGAAAAGAAAGAAGAACAAAAACCUGAACCCAACUUUGAGAUACUGAAUAACCCGGCUAGAAUAAUGAAACAACAACUUAAACAUUUACAAUUAGUUGAAAACUCAGCAUAUCAACCUUUAAAAGAUGUUUCCAUUGGUGGUAUCAUCAUGACACGUUUUACUAAAAAUGGUGUUGAAGACGAACAGUUGGUUGAACCAGUCGCUGCUUUUGGACCUAAACCAGAAGAUGAUAAGGAACCUGAAGCUCCUGAACCUUUUGAAUAUACAGAUGAUUAAUAAUAUAAAACUUAAAUAUUUUUGUUACAUUCUAACAGACCAUGUAUAAUUUUUUUAUUUAGACUUAUAAUUUAUUCAUCCAUGUAAACUUGAAUUAAUUAUAAUAAUCCAUAAUUAUAUAAAUAUUUAAGUCUACUGUCUAGUGGAGAAUUAAUA